AUUCAAUUUCAUUUCCUCUUCCCCUUUCUCUUUCAUCUGAUGCGCGUUCCUCUUUUUUCUUCUCCCAGCCAAAGCAAAACCACCGAACAACAUCCACCACCACACCACUGCCGGCGAGCCGCGACCACUCUUCUCCUUCUCCAUCCAUCACCGCCGCACCCCCCCUCAAUCUUCUGUAUUGAUUCUUUAGUUUAGAGAGCUAUCUCCAUCCAUCUCUCUCCACAAACCCUAAUUGUUGUAACUUGUAAGAGGAGGACGUAAUCAAUAAUCCUAAAUAGUAGAGGUGGAAAAGAUGGAAAAUGUAAGCUUAUUUGAUUCAAAAAAAUGUCUGGCUCCGCCACUGCUCUCAUAAUCACACUCUCGCGCAAUUCGGUUCAUAUAAUUUACCAGUGCAAAAAUGUCACAAGAUGUUGUUUAUCAACGCCCUUUGUUUGGUGGAAGAAUAUCAAGCACGUUCCCCAACAGGUUCCAGGAUGUCAGUGAUAUACGACAAGUUCCUGAUCAUCAGGAGGUGUUUGCGGAUCCUAGCCGUGAUGAAAGCUUGAUUGUUGAGCUUUUAGAGUUUAAGCCUGAUAUUGCUGACAAUGGAAGUGCUGCAUGGUUUCUUCAAGACCUUGCUAGGGAGCAGGAUGCAGAAGGAACUGUGCUUAUUGAGCAAUCAGGAGUUCUUGAAGCACCAGGUUUGAUGUAUAAUAAUAUACCGGCUGUUGUAACAACUGCAGUAGGCCAAAUGGCGAUUUCUAAGGGACGACAAGGACGGGAAGCACAAAAUAUUGUGAAAGUUUAUUUGGCUAAUUUGCGUGUUAAAGGAGUUGACACUGAUGUACUAAUCACUGCAUAUGAGCCCAUUGUUAUCAACCCUUUUAGCGAAAGUGCGGACACAGUUGGUGCGGGCAUGGCUGUGCCUGCGUCACAAGCUGGAUGUAUUUCAAUGGACGAGGUCUUUAAACUUGCUGCUACAAGCUUCAAGGUUUAUGAUUGGAGUCUUUUUGAUGCAUCAAGACCCUAAGUGUGUGUGCUAGGCAAUGUUAAAGUAUAUGGCGUUGGAAAAUUUUAGAAUUAUCAUCAUUUGGGUGAAAUUUUGAACAUAGGUGCAUUCCCAUUUUCUGUUUUGGUCUUCCUCAUGGAAUUUUCUUUGGGCAGAACUUUUUGUUUUCUUCUUCGUAUUUAUUAGUCGGUAGGAUUGUCAGCGAGAAUAUGUUCAAUUAUUUAGAAAAAUUGGUAAAAAUUUUCCUUUGAGGAGAUGCUGGAAUAGAGUUUGUUCUAAGUCUCUUAGAACAUUCAGGGAAA